AUGUCAUUAGAAGAAGUCCGUCCAGUAAUUAAUUGCUUUUGUCAGAUUUUAUCAUCAUAUGGAUUUUCGAUGAUUACAUCGGAAAUGUUUUGUUUGGCUAAAUAUGAUCAAAGUGAAGCGACUGUUCCGUUAUGGAAAUUAAUGUAUGAACUAAUUCAUUUCGAUUCAAAUCCAUCCAGUCAAGAAAUUACCAAAGAUAAAUUUUCUCAAACACAGAAAGAUGAGAUCGUUAAUUUAAUAAAAAACGAUCUCUAUAAGCGUGGUUAUACUUAUGAUAAUUUCUUAUCACUUGAUAGUAACAUGCAAAAGGGUAGUCGACAACUGUUGGUUUGUUUGGGUUGGCUCAUUUAUCAUACUAAAUUCAUUGAUAAAUGUAUAAAACUAUGUCUAAAUUCGAUGUCAAAUAAGAAUAAAUCAGAUGAACUUCAAAGUCUCAAAUAUGAUCUAAUAGAACAGAUUACACAAGUUAAACGUACGAAUUUAAAAAUUCGUUCUCGUUUACGAGCGAUUGAACAGAAAAAAUUGCAACAGAAUGAUCGAAUGUCAUCAUUCGAAUUAGAACUUUAUCAAUAUCCUCAUCUCAUAUCACAAUAUUUGAAUGAACUUGAGAAAGAUGAUGAAAAAUUAAAUUUAUUUCUGUUUUGGAAUAAACAUGAAAAUAUCUUUUGGAAAUGGAUGGAAAGUGUGCUCGAUCAACCAACAACAACAAUUGAAAAUCAUGACAUAUUAUAUAAUAUUGAUUGUCAAAAUUUAGAAGCAGAAAAACAAAAAUUCAACGCUGCUAUUGAUACUCUUGAUAGUGCAUUAGUUCAAAUUCAACAAUUAUGGAUAUCAAAUGAUCAUCGUUCAUCAAUACAAGACGAUGUGUCAUCGAUUAUAACAUCUAUUGACACUGAAGUAUCAUUUCUUUUUAAUCAAUUACUUAAUACAAAUCCAUCAUUGAAAAAAAUGUCCCUUCCAGAAUAA